CGCGGCAGCAUAUGCGCGUGAAGAAAGAGACGUGACCGACGUGACAGCAAUUGUUGCGGCUGUGUUUGCGCGUUCGUGAUUAUCGAAGGCCUCUAGGAAAAUGGCCGAAAUAAAUGAACGACUUGUUUAUUCCCCAAGAAGUCUGUACCAACUGAGUGCGUCCAAGAUAGUCUACCUCUUCGUGAAUGAUAGUUUCCCACACGUGAAGUCCUUGUCCAAUUUACCGAACGAUGUAAUGUUCGAUCUUUACUAUCAGUUAUACAAAGCAAAUGAACUAUGCUUCAUAAACUUGGAACUAAGCAAUCUAGAUACCUUCUCUAAGAUGUUGACUGUUAUUGAUCGACGCAUACAUUUGUUCCAAUGUUUCCAGGAACUUAUUGAAGGCAGAACAGGAAUCAAAAAAGUGCUGACUAUGAGAUAUACUUCAUGUUGCUUCCAUACUAAUAAAAAUCCAGCUAGUCAAGAGAAAAUGAUAAUGUUAGGUUUCAGACUUGGUGGAUUUUUAAGCGAUGCUGGCUGGUAUGUCGAAAGUGAACAAGUGUUCCUAAAUUGCCGCCAAUUAUGUUUAGCAAAUAAUACUACGCCCGAAAAUUGGUGUAGAACGUUAGAAUGCUGCCGUAGAUUACUACACGUCCAAGCAGCAUACUGCUUGUUUCAAUGUGCAGCAGACACACAGAAGUUUGCUAUGGAAAUAGUGAAACAAUUAAAGGAGGCAGAGUUCGAUUGCAAUUAUGCUGCUCUAUGCAGUGAAUUCAGUGUAUUAUAUUAUAUGAGAAGCGAGUAUGACGAGGCUUAUAGGUGGAGCAUACAAGCAUUAAAACAAUUGAAACCGACGCUGCCCGCCCGCAUUACUAUUGACGUUUUGAGGCAGGCAGCAAAAUCAUGUGUAAUGAAACGGAAAUUCCAGAAGGCUGGUCUGUUGAUCAGACAAGCUCUGUAUCUUACUAGACAAGUAUUUGAUAGAAAUCAUCCAGUGUACAGUAAUGUUCUUAUAGACUAUGGUUUUUACUUGUUGAAUUUUGAUAGCUUAAUCAACAGUGUAACUGUUUACAAGAAAGCGCUAGAAAUAAGGAAGUACGUAUUUUCAAAAAUGAAUUUACAUGUUGCACUGGCUCACGAGGAUUUAGCUUACGCUCUAUAUGUGUGCGACUAUACUUCUGGUAAAUUUCAAAUAGCAAGCGAACAUGUUGGAGUAGCGAUAGGUAUAAUGGAGAAGCUUCUACAUGGAGAUCAUUUAUUGUUAGCGAGUGCGAGAAGAGUACACGCUUUAAUACUCGAGGAAAUAGCAAUAGACGGUAUAUCCAUAUCGUUGGCACAGCACAAUUUAUUAUUCAAGGCUGAAUGCUUACAUCUGAACACUUUGCAAUUAGCGAGAAAAGCAUUUGGCGAAAAAAACGUGCAGAUUGCAAAGCAUUACGGAAAUCUGGGGCGUCUCUAUCAGAGUAUGAGGAAAUUCGACGCAGCAGUAGCAAUGCAUAUCAGAGCCAUACGAAUCAAAGAAGAAUUACUAGGACCGGACGAUUAUGAAGUUGGCUUAAGUAUAGGACACUUAGCAUCAUUAUAUAAUUUUCAUAUGUAUCGAUACAAAGAAGCUGAGACACUUUAUUAUCGUAGUAUCGCGAUCAACCAAAAAUUGUUCGGUGAAAGCUAUAGUGGAUUGGAGUAUGAUUAUCGAGGGCUUCUACAUGUUUAUACCAAACUGCACGAAUAUGAUAAAGUGCUGCAAUACGAAACUGCAUUAAACAAUUGGAGGGCAUUGAGAUACCAACAUGUCCGAUCGGAAGGUCCACCAAUUGAUCACGAGAGACGCCCGCAACCGAUCGAAGAAGUGCUUGAUACAUUCUUUUCUAUGUAA